AGCGCCUCCAAUACUUCUGAUCGCCUCGACGCACUGGAGACCGACGUCGGUUCACUCAAGGAUGGCGUAUAGUUACAGCAAACCGCCACCCACAAAUUGGAGCAGCGGAUAUGUGCUGCUGCCGCCAAUCCAAGUUUCAGCAGAACGCGAAACGACUCCAAAGUUCGAGGGUCGGACGAUCUUCUGCGAUUCGUCCAAGACGAACCCGAUUCCAUGGUUCCGCAAGUUUGAACUGACGCUGCAGCUCCAUCAUGUUAGCGAAUACAAGAACCACGCGUACUUAUACUCCCGGUCGGGAGGCGCAUGCCAAGCAUGGCUGGACAAUCUUUUGUCCAAGUACGGGGUGGUCACUGCGGAACUGCACACCAAGAUCAGUUGGGAAGACCUCAAGGCGGCAUGGCAUAAGCGGUUCCAAGUAGAGCCGCCGGAGAUCAAGGCAAUGGACAAGUUGCUGUACUUCGAGCAAGGCACGCUGCCGAGUGUCGACUGGAUCGCCGAGUACCAACGCUUGACGUCCGUCCCAGAUCUUCAGAUCGGCUUCAAGGCCAUCAAACACUACUUCAUCUCGAGGUCGUGUCUGGCAUUAGGCAAUGCCUUGACUCAUGUCGAGGAGACCCUGACGACAACAACGGAGCUCUUUGACAAGACCGCGCAGAUUAUUGUCACGAACAAGGAGGCCAAGAACCUUGGCCGUUCGGUUGCAACAGGCCCGAGCAGGGACCAGCAUCGGCCCAAAGUGGUCGUGGUCGCGGCGGCAUCGCCAACCGACCAAUCUAGCGAGGCCGUGCCUGCCAAUGAAGGGGACAGACUCGCAGCCGCCCGGGAUGGUGGCCGCCCCGGCAAAGGCCGAGGACGCGACAAGAUGAAGACAAACACCACAUUUAUCCCCGGGCCCGGCGCAGCAGCUUCAGCCCCAUGGACCCACUACGGCCAAUCGGGAAAUUGAGCACUGUCGGGAGUGACAAGACGACACUC